GGGGACUUGAGAGGGAAUUGUCAAGCAAAGUUUGAGCUAUGCACAAGAGCACCAUUUAGUUUUAUUUUGUGAACACUUGGAAACAUUCCACAGUUAUGUACAAAUCGUUGCCUUGAGAGGAACGCCAGACCGCAAGCUAUUCUGAGCCGGGAAGCGAGCAAGCUAGUAUGAGGAGAGAGACACCAGAGCAUUUAUCAAAGCUGAAUCAGAGGCAGCAGAACUGGAACGAGGACACUCAUAGCUUUUUGCUUUUGUUUCUAACAAUUUGACAGCAUACAUGGCGACUGAUGGCAAUGCUCUUGGUUCUUCACGAUGAGUCGGAGGAGGAUAUCCUGUAAAGACCUGGGACAUGCUGACUGCCAAGGGUGGCUGUAUAAGAAAAAGGAAAAAGGAACUUUCCUGACCAACAAAUGGAAAAAGUUCUGGGUAGUGCUGAAGGGAACAUCACUAUACUGGUACAGCAAUCAAAUGGCAGAGAAGGCUGAUGGAUUUGUCAACCUGCCCGAUUUCACUGUGGAGAGAGCAUCUGAAUGCAAGAAAAAGCAUGCUUUUAAGAUCAGCCAUCCACAGAUCAAGACCUUUUAUUUUGCAGCUGAGAAUGCACAGGAAAUGAGUGUGUGGUUAAACAAGCUUGGGUUCGCUGUAGUCCAUCAUGAAUCUGUUACAAAGGAUGAAGAAUGCUACAGUGAGAGUGAACAGGAGGACCCUGAAAUCGCUGUGGAGACACCACCCCCUCCUUACUCUGCAGAGACUUUCUCUCCUUUGGCUGCACAGCAGGCAUCUUCCUCUUCACCCAAAUCUUGCUCUUCCUCUUCCUCGGAAAGUACAAUAAAGACAAACAGCAGUUUGGCCUCCUUAUCUAGAGAGAGACAGUCCUGGAUCGACAUGGUGAAUAGUUCCGCCACGGCCGACGAUGAGGGACAGUCUAUAACAUUGGCUGUGCAGGUUCACUCAUCUGCACCCUCAGAGGCAAACAGUUGCAGGGCUCUGGAAAACAGCUUUGCCACAUCAGAAAGUGGAUUUUUGAACUCUUUGUCUAGUGAUGACACGUCUUCACUGAAUAGCAACCUGGACCAUCUGAUUGUCCCAGACAAGCCCGCUGGAUCCAAGAUGGUGGACAGAGAAGAAACAAAGUUGUCUGAAGAUGAUGAGAUGGAGAAACUCUACAAAUCGUUAGAACAAGCCAGUCUCUCUCCCCUUGGGGAUCGUCGACCUUCAACCAAAAAGGAGUUGAGAAAGUCCUUUGUUAAGCGAUGUAAGAAUCCAUCCAUAAAUGAGAAACUUCACAAAAUCCGAACCUUGAAUAGCACAUUGAAGUGUAAAGAACAUGACCUGGCCAUGAUUAACCAGUUGCUGGAUGAUCCAAAGCUGACAGCCAGGAAAUACAGGGAGUGGAAGGUGAUGAACACACUGCUGAUCCAGGAUAUCUAUCAGCAGCAGCGGGCCCCUACGCCUGCCCAUGAAGGCACCCCCGAGGGACUUGAGGAACCACCUUCCUCUGCCUGUGUUGAAAAUUCUAUUUGAGAACAAGCCAGCAUUCUCUCCCCUGCUAUCUUACCCCCAAGUGACUCUCCAAGAAGUUGCAAGAGCUUUCCAUCAAAGGAAAACUGAAACCAAUUCCUCAAGCAUUGGCUCCUUCUCUAAAGAAGCAAGUGAGGUGAGGACCCACUCUGACGGCAGCAGGAUUCCUCGUUCCAGUUGGAGUACUUUCAUCGAGACUGGAGGGAUGGAGUCCAGUUGAACAAACUUCGUGUUCCUGCUUGGAGCUCUCGGUUAUGCUAAGCUUUAAGUGGGAAGUGAGAAGUGUAUGUUACUUGCUCUCAAGAGAACCACGGUGUUCCAAGGACAAAGAUCACAUUUUACCAGGGAUAAUUAUUCAUAGAAAUGUUCUGUUUUCCAAAAAAGAAGAAUGUACAUAUUCCCCCGGCUUGGGUAGUUUAAUUCUUCAAAUCAUUUCUUGGAGUGGAGGAAUGUGUUUCACAGCAGAAACUGGAAUGGGACAAAUGUGGUUUUUUGGAACCCAAAUCUCUCUGGAGUAGUGGUGCCUUUUCUACAAGCUGAGAAAUACUUCGUGGUGAUUGGUGUGUGGGAGAGCCCAAGGGGGAGGCAUGUUCUAUUGAACACCCUCUCAAAGUACAGUUUGAUGUUUCUACACUUGACUCAGGGGUGGGGCAGGGAGGAUCUGAUUAAAGUUUCCUUUUCACAGAACAACUAAAGAAAUCUAUCUCAUUGGGUGUAGAGACCUCUACUUCCUCCUAGCUUUUCUAAUGCACUGCAGGAGAUAGAAAUAAGUCCACCAAGGAAUGCUUGCUGGUUUUGUCUCGGAAGUGGUGCCUAGACACAAUGUCAACUUAUAUCCUGUCUCCCCAGAUCAAGAUGGACAAAAUAAUUCUGGUGUCUGAAUGGGUUUGAUAUCUUUACUCCAAAAACACCCAACAAAAACAACAAAAGACUUAAAAUAUGAUUGUUUUAUUUUUGUAUGUUUGUGUCACCUUGUGUCCUAUGUGAAUAGCUAUCUAUAAUAUGUUUGUUAUUUAAGUAUAUUUAUAGAAGGUCAAAUUACUAGUGUUUUAAAAGAUGGUAAAGUAAUUAUAUGUUUUGCUCAAUAUAUAUUCUCUAAGUAUAUACUUUUUUGCUUGAGAAAAUAGGAAUACUGUUGAUCACUGGAAUUAUUAUGUUGCACUAUAAUGUAUGAGGAAUGCUCAGGCUAUCUUGUGGGAUGAAUGUGGAGGCAUGUAUUAGUAAUUAUUAAUUUUCUGGCUUCUCUUUCUCUCUCUCUCUGCCUCUCUUUCUCAAGCCAGAGUGCUCAGAAUUCUGUCACUCUCUUAACCAGAAAAGGACAUUCACCUUAGGUUAUUUCUUCUAGUAAAUAGAUUUUUUAAGCUUUAUGCCAUUUAUGCCCACAAACCCUAAACCAAAUGAAACACAACUAAUAUAGUCUUUUGUCUAAGGUCUAAUAGAAAUUUUGGGGUUUUCUGUUAAAAAGAGGGACUCAUUUUAUUAGAGAAUAUGAAAAUCUUCCCUUAUUAAUCACUAGGGAUAUUUUUCAUCUUAC